AAGUUACUCUCGUUCCGGGACACCCUGUAUUGGUAUACUGUCUAGGGUAUUUAGGAAUUUAAGUUGAGUACAGGUUCGGGUCACCAAAUUUGGAAAUUUAAAUGACAUGACUUGUGGUCGGUGACGAUUGACACUGACAGAUAACAAUUUUUUGAUUAACCACACCUUGAAAAUGUGAACCUACGACUUGGGGGUCCUCUACGAAACAGUUUCUCCGAAAUUAGCAUAAAUGAAUAGUACGUGCUAAGUACAUUUUCAACAAAGAAACCCGUGCAAUAUCACAGCAGGGAGGAUGAAUAUUUCAAAAAUAUUCCGAAGGAAUACCCACAAGGACGAUAACGGCCCUUCUGUGAUCGGCCAUCCUACUAACGUGAUACACGACAUUCACGUAAUUAAAAAUAAAGAAACGGGCCAACUGGAAGGAUUACCACUAGCAUGGCAACGGCAGAUAGGAAAUUUGUUUACGAAGGCGGAACAAAACAAGAAUCCCGAUGCCCUUAUCCACGCUAUAAAGUAUUACAAUUAUUCUAUGAAAAAAAAGGAAGAAAUCGAACCGUUCAAGCAUAUUGUCACGGAAAGAGAUAUAGAUGAAGAAUCGGAGGCGAUCGAUUUGUAUAUGAACAGUGAUGCGGCGCAUCAGAGUAGGGAAUGUUUGCUGAAUGAUCCUGUUAAUGUAAAGUUAGGACAGUUUGGGACUAGGCCAGAAACGCUCCCUUCAUUACCACCAAAGAAGUUUGGUAAACUACCGACGAACUUGGCAAAUGGCGUGGAAGACUUAACCCUUAUACCAGAAGAAAGUCCAAUCAUGCGGCGUAAAACUCAAGAAUUCGAAUUCUCGGAUGAAAAUAUUCUAAAAGAAUUGAAAAAGAUUUGUAGCAGCGAAGAUCCUUACGAGCGAUUUAACAGAAGCAACAAAGAUUUGGGAGCAGGAGCAUCCGGAAUUGUUUUCGUCGCGACGGAUCUCGUGACGAAACAACAGGUCGCGAUUAAAGAUAUUGAUAUGACGAAGCAGCAGCGCAAAGAAUUACUCUUGGGAGAAAUAAAAGUUUUGAGGGAUUUUAAGCACAAAAACUUGGUCAACUUCUUGGAAGCUUACUUAGUAUACGAUGACCAUUUGUGGGUUGUUAUGGAGCUGUUAGAUGGGGGACCACUUACUGAUGUUGUCACUGAGACGAUUAUGAAAGAAGGCCAAAUCGCAGCUGUUUGCCACGAGGUGCUUCAAGCCAUACAAUAUUUACACACCCGUGGUACUAUUCACAGAGAUAUCAAAUCUGAUAAUGUCCUACUGGGUAUGGACGGAUCAGUGAAAGUUACGGAUUUCGGAUUCUGCGCCAAUAUUGUUGGUGAUGAACAAAGGCAAACUAUGGUCGGUACACCUUAUUGGAUGGCUCCCGAAGUAGUAACAAGGAAGCAGUAUGGCAAAAAGGUUGAUAUAUGGUCGUUGGGUAUAAUGGCGAUAGAAAUGAUCGAAGGGGAACCGCCUUACUUAAAAGAGCCACCUUUGAGGGCGCUAUAUCUCAUUGCAGCCAAUGGGCGUCCACAAAUACCCGGUUGGAAGAAAUUGUCAUUGACUUUACAAAGUUUUAUUGACGAUUGUCUUCAAGUAGAUGUGAAUAAAAGGGCAUCCGCCGAAGAGCUUUUAAGACAUCCUUUCCUACAGGUACGGAUGGAAUUAUCCACGCUUACUCCUCUAAUCAAAGCUGCUAAGAAAGUAUUGCAAAAAAUGUAGGUAGUGCUCUAUAAACAGUUUUUUAGAACCACACUGUGAAAGACUGAAAGUUAAUUGUCCGUGUACCCUUUUUGAGACAGUAUUUUUUAUAGACAUUUUUUAUAUUGUCCAUUUUACAGAAAUAGUGUUAAGUUAAUGUAAGUAAGAUGUUAGUUGUGUAUCUUCAAGUCGACCAAAAAAUGCGCCUUGUGACUACAUUAAUUUAGGGGGUUACUGUAAUACUGUUACAAACCUUUUCUCUCAAAAUGGUCCAUUUGUGAUAGAAAAGCUUUAAUAUUUUAUGACUAUUAGUCAAGUAUAAUUUGGGACAAUUUUGAAACUUAGAUUCCAACGAUGAAAUUACGCAAUAUUUAAAUGUGACAAUAUCAAUAUGAUGUACUGAACGUUUCAUAUGGUACUUAGGUCAUUUUAAUUCCAAGCCAAGCCCAAAUUGUAUUGUCUAAUUCAACCAUUUACAUUUAAGGAUGUCAUCAAUCAAUGAGGACUUUGUUAUGUUACAGGUAAAUGUUUAUGUAGAUCAUAAGUGUUGCAUGUAACUGGUUACAAUCAUUCCUUGGUCCUUAUGCAUUUAUAUUUUUUCCAGCAAUUUAUGAGAUGGUACACCAUUUUUGUAAUAUAGUAUAGUUAGGGAUGACUAUAUUUAUGAAAAAAAUAUUUUUGGAUACAAUGAUGUAUGAUAUAUACUGUAAAGCUUUUUGUAAAUUAUGUAUAUAAUUU